AGUAAGCAUUCCAGGAAAGCAACACAAAAGGACAAAAGGUCAAACUGUUCAUGCAUCACAUGAUUUCCAAGAGCUAAAAUCAAAACAAUGGCAGAGAGUGCAGUGGUAGAAGAGCUGAAAUGUUCUAUUUGCUUGUACAAUUUCAAGAAUCCCAAAGUGUUGCCGUGUUGUCACAGCUUCUGUCUCCAUUGUCUGGAGGGAGCUCACAAGAGAAACAAAGACAAGAAAAGCCUAACCUGUCCUCAGUGCAAGGCUAAUCAUCAGGUUCCUACCAAUGGUCCCCGCGGUUUCCCCGAUGAUUACACUAUUGCUAAUCAGAAACAAGCCCCAACAACCACACCAGUUUGUGAGCAAUGUGAUGAUAGCAACAAACCAGUGGCGUACUGCCACACCUGCUCAGACUACCUGUGUGAAGAGUGUUUGAAAGCUCACAAAAGAGUAAAAGCUAUUCGACGAGAUCACAAGACAGUAAAUAUCACUCCUGGAAAGGAUAUCGAGCCCCAGGCAAAGAAGAGCUAUUUGUGCAGUGUUCACCCUGAAGAACCAUUAAAGCUUUACUGCAAGAGUUGUAAGAGCUUGGCCUGCCUCCUGUGCUUUGUGGGGCUUCACAACGGCCAUGACAUUGGAAGCAUCGAUGGCAAAACAAGACAAGAAGUAGAACAAAUCAUCAACAAUCUAGUGAAAGAUAUCGAUUUAAAAUUGAAAGAAUUCGAAGAUGAUUUGAAAUAUGUUUCUGCUGUUGAAAAAGAGAAAGCAGAAGUUUCAACUCCACUCAAAGCUCAAGUUGAUAAGAAGGUUGAUAUUCUCAUCCAACAACUUGAAGCAAGGCGUAAAAAGCUACACAAGGAGAUUGACGAUGCUUGUACGAAAGACCUCAAAGAAUUGUGGGCACAGAAAGAAUAUCACGAGACAGCCAUUACGAGCAUGGAGGGUGCUCUGAGCUUUGCCAGAAGAGCUCUAGCCUGCAAGGAAGACACGGAACUACUGGCCCUCUGUGCACAAGUCACCUCCAGACUGGAAGAGCUGAGUCAGCUAAAAUGGGAUAGUCAGUCGACAGUGAAAAUCGAAAUGACAACUGUUGAAUUCAAAGAAGCGAACGAACAAACAUAUGCACAGCCUCUCGUGGUUAGUCCAAAAAAGGUGGAAACAGAUACGACAGUUGGAGAGAUACAAACUUCUACACCAGAUAUACAAAUUACAGUGACAGGGCUAGGUAAGCAUGCUCCAUUUUCUUACUUGCCUGAUUAUAGUAUUACGUUUCAAGUAACGGCAGUAGUGAAUUUUAAGUGGAAAUGGAAACCUCCUAAACUAACCGCUUCAGCAACUUAUACAUCCCAGAACUGCUAUGAACGUGAUCAAAUUACAACAGAAGAAAAUGCUACAGUAAACAGUUGGACAGUGAAGUUUACUCCUACGCAACCAAGUGUCUACCUGAUUACAUUUGAAGUCAAUGGGGAUUAUGCAGGCAUAGACCUACACAAAGCUUAUGACUAUCGCAUCGAACUGUAUUAUAAACCAACAAGAAGAAAAACUCCGAGAAUUUAAGUUAUUGGAAUUAGAACUGCAUCAUAUACACUGGUCAUAAUUAUACAUGUAUCAGAUUGUGUAGUAAGGAUUGUAAUGUAUGGCGCAAAAUGCCUUGGUCUAAGAAAAAUUUAUUCUAGGAAUGACAAAUCUCAUGCAUGCAUAUGGGGGGUGUAGCACACAAGUCAUUUGUAUGACUAUGAGAGGUGGAUUUGUACAGAGGUCAAAUUUCACAAUUAGUUACUAGUAGCCCAGAAUCCAGCAAUCUGAUUGGUCAGUACAGGGUUUAUAUUUCCCAUAUUAACCUGUAAAUUCUCAUAUAAACCUGUAAUUUUCAUGUUCACAACAACCAUUCAUUAUUAAUUUUUGUGUUUUUCAAACAUGUGUUUUGUAUAAUUAUUGUAUUAUAAAAAACAAUGAGAAGUAACUGUUUUGUUUUGGUAAUGACAAAAAAUUAUAAUGUUCAGUCGCUGUUAAUACGUUGGUUGUUGGAUGUAGGCAUAUAGAGAGAUCGAUGGUAUAACGUUGCAGGCACUAAAGUUAAAGUUUGGAGGCAUAAAUUGACAGCAGUUGGUUUGUGAGUUUUGUUGCACUGCCAUCUGUGAGUGAUUAGUGUGUGCCAGUAUAUAUGUUAAUUGGCUUUACGUUGAGGAUGUCUGAAACUGACUUCUUUUGACACUCAGAAGUUCUCUUGUAGCUGCGAACUCCUUCCAAGCUUCGGUGUCCAGUUGUUUCCAUUAUCAUUUGUUCGUCCACUCCAGCGUUGUAGAGUCUAGUAGCAGCAGUUGCACGGAGUAUGUAUUAGAGGUUCAGCCUUCUUUUGUGACCCUAGUCCAGCUCUCUGCAAGCGCUUCAUUUCGGAGUCUAGGCACACUCGAAAGUCAGCAAAACAAGCAUCCUUGAACAGGUCAAUCCCGGGAUUUCCAUUCUAAUUAUUCACCUUAUGCAGAUAUCACUAUCCAAACUGUACACUGCACCUGCCGUGAUAAGAGGCCUGCAGACACUUUGCUUCAUUCGCUUUGAGUUAGGUAGAGAAGAUUGUGCAGGUUCUGUUGGCUUGUCCAGCUCCUCCUCCUUUCUUUGUUCUGUAGAAAGAGUAGCCAGCUCCGCCUCCACAUUUAGAGGGCGGGGUCUAUGGGCUCGGUCAUUAUUAUGCCGAGUACUUCUUCAGAAAAGAGCUUGUCUAGGCCUAGGUCUUCGUCCGCGUCCAUUCUUUAGGUUAGUUUUUGAAAUGAACCUAGCAACUAAACUCGUUAGAUACUGUUUAGUCGGUAUCUAUGGGAAUUAUAAGCCCGCAGGCACUCGUAGUACCCUCGCU